CUCAGGCUAUCGAUCUUCGCGCUUGCCUCCACCAAACGUAUCGCUGACGCUCGCCUUUCAAGAACGCAUCAUUGGUCGCUGCCUGCCUGCUGACAAGCACGACUCUGACCCACGGAACCAUGCCACUCGUUCGUUUGAUGCGCAUCACGUGGCCACUCUGCGUUCAAGCAGUUGAUAUUCAUCGGUGGCAUCCAAUAUCCCGAUCGAUUCCGCUCGGCCCUGGAAGAUGUCUUGGUAUGCACACGGUAUGAAUAUCACUCCUGCUCCGCUGCCGAGCAGUGACAUGGCCAGCCACGAAAGCGACCAAGCGCAGAAUCACUUGAUGGAACAAAAUGAUUCCCACGACACUCGCCAAAUGGCCAACAAUCCAGCGCAAAGCAACGGUCUGGAUUCCCAAAUUCUGAACGGGUUCGGCAGCCAGACUCAAGAAUAUCAUCGGCAAGCAGGCUCAGGCCCGAGUCGUAGGAAGAAAAGGAAGCUUGACGACGCUGGCUCACAGGGAACGGAAGAGGGGAAGCUGCCCGGAAUUGAUGAGAAGCUGGACAGCCUGGCCGCACGGAUGGGCCGGUUGGAGGAGUUGUGCAAGGCGAUUGCCGGGUCGGUCAGCAAGCUUGGGGAACCCGGAAUGCAAGAGAGGCGGCCUCAAGGCGGGAGUGUCGCAAGCACACACGCCCCGACUCAUCCCAGGCCGUGGCUGUUGAAUGGCGGUCCCACCAUUAGCUCGAUGAGGCAGCGAGCGCAGCAACCAGUCGCUACCGAUAUGUCACCGUACGUAGGUCUCGCAGCGAAUCACUCUGGCCGAAAAGAUUCCAUGAAUUAUUCCCAAGGCUUACAGCAUCUUGACAACAACGUCUCGUCUUCACAUCCUCGUUAGCAACGGGGAUCUAGCCACGGCACUCCAGGCAGGGCACGAGGAUCAACGCUCUCAUCCACGCCAAGGUUUCCGAUGCUUGGGUAUAUGGACAUGGAUGCUGCCCCUAUGCUGUCACAAGAUGACCUGAGGCGCCUGAAUGAAACCUGCCAGGACAGAUUGAAGCGAACCCAAGAGGCGCUCAAGGAGCAGCAAGCUCGGAAUGACGUCCACGCGGCAGAGAAUACGGCACCAGAGGCUUUUCAGUGAGGGCUGAUAAUGUAACGCAUGCGUCCGCUGGUGGAGGGCAGCCUUUCAACCAGCUGUCACUUGUUCACGAGCCUCUCCCCAACCAGCGCGAGGGGGUAGACAACUCUGCUCAGCGAUCGGAUUUGCAAC